AUGGCUUUAGCGGCCGAAGCGGAGUCGAGUGCUCGAGCGGGUUCGGCGGAGGGUGGCCGCGGUCUACUGCGCGCGUGCGGACUGAUAGGAGGAGGCGCGGUCUCCGCUCAGCAGGGCAACCCCGCGCCUCAAGGCCCGAGGAGAGGCGGUAGGAGGAGGCGGAGGGCAGAUGCGGCAAGAGAAGCAGAGGAGAGUGUGAUGGAAGGCGAAAGCGGCGAAGUGGAAGAGGAAGGUCCCGAAAACCGUCGUCCACUGUCUGUGGUGAUUCACGGUCCCGGCGCGUCCUUCUUUGUGGGCACGGAGUUAAUCGCCGCUGGCGGGCGCGCGCGCGCAGAUGGCGCGAGGGGAAGCGGGGGGGCACAGGGCGACCGCGUUGCUCCUGGCGGAUCAAGGCGGGGAGCUGAGAGCGCGCAGGUGGAUGGUGCAGACAGCGGAGAGGAUAUUCACAGUAACGAGUAUGGCGAUAGCGAGUAUGACAGCAGUGAAAUGGAGCAGGAGGAAGAGGGGGCGAGGAGGAGGAGAGGGAGGAGGAGAAUAGAAGUGUUGAUGGAUCGGUGCAGAGGCGGGGUGGAUGCUGUGGUGCGGUGGGGACGCAGCACGCGACAGCACCUGAGAGGCACGAGAGGGUUGGCUCGUGGUGGUGCUGGCACGUCAGCAGCAAGAGGUGGAGGUACUUCUGACUCUGGCGAUGCUGAUACCGAGAGUGACUAUGACGAGCGUGAUUCGGAGGAUAGGGAAAGGGGCUGGGCGCCUUAUGAUGAGUGUGACGAAAACGAGGGGUAUUGUAUGGAAUGCCGGAGGAGCGCUGAUGGGGAGCAAGGAGCAGAGGCGGGGAAGAGGCAGCAAGGAUGCGCACAUGGGAGUGUGGGGGGGAAUGGGGACGGGGCUGAGCAGGAGGAUGGAGGGGAGAGCGAUAGCAGCGCUGUGAGCUGCAGCAGCGGGUACAGCAGGAGCAGUGGUGGGGAGAGCAAGGCGAGUGCAGACAACGAUGGUGACGGUGCCGAGGCCGCGCUGCUGGACUUCCAAUUCGCUCCGUUGAGGGAGGCGUCAGGGCAGGCGGAGGGCGACAUGUGGGUGGAGGCGGUGCACGUGGUGCUGCCCCCUCCGCCUGCCAGUGCGAGGGGCGGGUGGGAGGGAGUGGACGUGGCGGGCAUGGAGGCGAUAUUCGACCCGCGGUGUGUCAAGUGGUUCCAGCGCGUGAAGCGCCUCUUCAUUGCGCUGCUGCUGCUCGGCUCCAUCUUCUACAUCGUCUCCUUCAUCGCGGGAGUGAUGUCGAACCGAGGCAAGAGCGUGGAGGUGCUGCCGGUGGACACGGGUGCGACGGGCCAGGGGCAGGCGGCGGCGGCGGGGGGCACGGGGGGGCUGGACACAAACUUUGACUAUGUGUCGCACGCCAUGCUCACCUCCUCCAACAUCUGGGUCGCCAUGGCCUACCUGGUGCUGUACCUCUCACUGGACAUGAUCGGCUUCGCAGGAGCCAUCCUCGAGAAUGUGAGUCUGUUGACGCUGUACAUAGUGGUGGAGCUGAUCAUCACAUUCAUCUCCGCGCUCGAGGCGCUGCGCCCCUUCCUGCUCUUCCGCCUCCUCGUCAUCCUCCUCGCCCUGCGCCUGCGCUACUGCGCCCUCAAGGUGGAGGAUGCGGAGAGGCGCCUCUUCUCGCGCCUCAUGGGUCGCCCCAUGCCUCCCCCCAACAGACGCACCUGGCUCGCUCGUCUGGGCAUAUUCCCGGGCACGCUGUCAGCCAUGUUCCGCCACGCGCCGCUGAGCCGCUUCCAGCUGCGCGGGCGGCCGUGGUAUGCUGAGCUCGUUGAACCAGAGCAAGCAGCAGAGGCAGCAGAGGAGGAACGGGAGAGUGAUGCCGCCCUGGCAGCACAGCUGCUGCUGCCGCCCCCCUUCCCCCUCGUGCCUCACCUCCCUGUCCCCCGUACUCCCUCCUCCUCCCUCCCGCCCUCGCGCUCUGUCUCCCUCACCCACCAACAGCAAUCCACUGAUGCAGACCUGCCCGCCUCGCCCUCUGCUGCUAUGCUCCCUCCUGCCACCUCCUUCACCCUCAUGUCCUCACCCCUUCCAUCUCUCCCCUCUACUUGCGCUUAA